GCAUCGUCCAACGACCGCGACCCAGGGAAAGAUGCGCGUCAGUUCGGUAGCAGCACUGCUGCUGCCUGUGUGGCUACUCCUAGCCACGGCAGUCGAUCUGGCAUCAGCUGUGAGACCGAAUGACUUCAAAAAGUGCGGCGAUUCGUCGUUCUGCCGCAGGAUCCGACGACUAUCCACCUACGCCGAGAUGCACGGCCCUAAAUUCUCCUCGCCUUACAGCAUCAAUGCCCUUCCGUCAUUUGAUCAGAGCAAACCCUCGCUCAAGGCCCAGGUGAGCUCGGCACUGUACCCUGGCGUCGAUUUUGAGCUCGAAGUCCGCUUUCACAACGACGGCACGGCCCGUGUGCGCAUGGACCAGGUGGGCAAGAGGCAUGGCGACUGGAAGAGGUACGACGAGGCAGAGAAGUGGGGCAUCGACAAGCAGCCCGAGCUGUUUAAGCAAGAGCAUUUCUCUUACAAGUCCGAUACGUCCCGCAGUACGGUUAACUUCGGACCAGAGGGCAUCAACACCUUCAUACUCGAGCACAACCCCAUCAAGGCGACCUUUUUAAGGGAAGGAUUGCCCCAAAUUGUCCUUAAUGGAAGAGGUCUGCUUCACAUGGAGCACUUCCGGCCCAAACCAGACCCAUUUCCGUCUCCAAAAAGCGAAAGCGACGGUGAUGCCCCUUCGCUGGUCUUCCAGAACAAGAAACGCUCCCUUCAAGAGGCAGGCCAUGCGGCGUCUGCGGCGGACGCCUGGGCAGGCUUCGAAGAGGAAGACAGGGGCGAGUGGGAGGAGACAUUUGCCGGCCGUCAGGACAGCAAGCCAAAAGGGCCUGAAGCGCUUUCGUUGGACAUCGAGUUCCCUGGCAAAGCAAACAUCUUUGGGUUGCCCGAGCAUGCCAGCCCCCUCAAUCUGCGCAGUACGAGAGGCCAAAAGGACGGUGACUUCCACGAGCCUUAUCGACUCAUGAAUACGGACGUCUUUGAAUACGACGCCGAUUCGCCGAUGAGCCUCUACGGGUCUGUGCCCGUCGUGCAUGCCGUACAACCCGGAAGCGCUGCCUCGGUCCUCUGGCUCUCGGGUUCUGAGACUUGGAUCGACGUUGACCGUGUCCCGGGACCAUCGGGCAACGAGACGGCGAGAACGCAUUUCUUCUCUGAAUCAGGCAUCCUCGACCUCUUCGUCUUCCUCGAGCCUACGCCUGACAAAAAUAUGGCUCUCUUCUCGACGCUCGUCGGCAAGACACCUCUGCCGGCCUACUUCGCCUUGGGAUACCACCAGUGCCGAUGGAAUUAUUUAUCGACCGACGACGUCUUGACCGUCAAUGGCCGUUUCUCAGACGAGGACAUCCCCAUGGACGUCAUCUGGCUCGACAUUGAAUAUGCUAAGAACCAUUGGUACGGUGUCUGGAACGACGAGACCUUUCCUAAACCCGAACGAAUGCUUGAAGGACUCGAUGCUGAAGGCAGAAAGCUCGUCAUUAUUAUCGAUCCCCAUCUGGCGCGCAAUGACGACUAUUUCCUCUACAAAGAGGCUCGCACAAAGGACGUCUUUGUCAAGAUGCCUGACGACAAGUCCGAUUACGAGGGCUGGUGCUGGAGCGGUUCUGCAAGCUGGCUCGACGGCUUCCAUCCCGACCUGCAGAACUGGUGGAACUCGCUGUACAGCCUGGCCAGCAAGAAGCUCAAGGCCAAUGCCCGAAACAUGCAUUUCUGGCUUGAUAUGAACGAGCCUGCCAUCUUCAACGGGCCGGAGAUCACAGCGCCCAAAGACGUCAAGCACCACGGCAACUGGGAGCAUCGGGACAUUCACAACAUCUAUUCGGUCACUUAUCACGCCGCAUCGACUCUGGCAGCCAAGCUGCGAGAGUCCCCUAAUCAGAGACCUUUUACCCUUGCCCGCGGAUGGUGGCUCGGGAGUUGGAAGCACGGUGCAAUCUGGACGGGCGACAAUCUCGGCACAUGGGAGCACCUGGCGGUGUGCAUUCCCAUGAUGCUUGCAAACAACAUUGGAGGUAUGAGCUUCUGUGGCUGCGACGUCGGCGGUUUCUUCGGUAAUCCGAGCCCAGAGAUGCUCGUGCGAUGGUACCAGGCCGGCAUCUUUGAACCCUUCUUCCGUGCACACGCCCACAUUGACACAAAACGCCGCGAGCCGUAUCUCUUGGACGAGCCCUUGCGGUCGGCGGUGCGUGACCUGAUCAAGCUUCGCUACAAGAUGCUUCCGACGUGGUACACGGCAUUCAAGGAGGCGAGCUCUACGGGUCUCCCCGUCCUUCGACCCCAGUAUCUCGUAAACCCUCAUGACGCAAAUGGAUUUGCGGUGGACGAUCAGUAUUAUAUCGGUGACAGCGGUCUACUUGUCAAGCCAGCCGUGCAGAAAGACGCCACCAAGGUCGACAUCUAUCUCGGGGAAGACAGGCCCUUCUUCAACUACUUUACCCACGAAAUCUACCGCGGCUCGGCGAGUGGCAAACGCGUAAGCGUGCCGGCGCCCAUGACAUCGCAGGUGCCCAUGCUGCAGCGUGGUGGAUCUAUUGUCACGAUCCGGGAGCGCGUCCGUCGAUCGGCUGAGCUGGGUUGGCGAGACCCUUUCACCCUCUACAUUGCCCUCGAUUCUCAGGCACACGGCGGUGUCAGAGCAAAAGGCAGGCUGUACCUCGACGAUGGACAGACUUAUGCGGACGAAGAGGGCGAUUACGUCUGGAAGGAAUUCGAGUGGCGCGAGGACUCCUCUGCCUCGGACGGCAGUGCGACCAUCGUCUCAAAGGACGUCGAAGGAAGCAGCAGUGCUGGCACCAAUGUGAGCGCUUCGUCAAGAGGAAACAAGGACGCCUUCAGAAAGUCGAUUACGGACGUUCGUGUCGAGCGCGUCGUGGUUCUCGGCCUGGACAAGCCCCCACGUUCCAUCAAAACAAGAGAAGGCCCCGUCGACUUUACCUGGAAGAAAGGAUCAAGUGCCAGCGGCAAAGCGGGCGGAAAGGCUAGUGUGCUUGUGAUUAAGGACCCCAAGGUCAAGAUUGUUGAGGAUUGGACCAUCCAUUUUGAGUAACUUGCUCUUGUCGAGGCAAAUGAAAUCCGAGACAAAGUCUGGAGCGGUGUUUGACGAUUGAGAGAAAGGUCUUAUAUACAAGUCUGACAGAUGCUACUGGUACGGGAACAUUCGAAGCCUAGAGAGUACAGUCAAGAGAAAGGGUGGUGACCGGGCCGAUUGGGAAAUGAAU